AUGAACCGGAACAAGAUCGACAAGGCUCUCGGGACCUUGGAGCAGCUUCAGUCAACGCACGAGAUCUCCAUCAUCAGACUUAGCGAACCCAUACUGAGCGCAUCAUCAAACGAUGCGCGCCAAAGAACCUCAGACGCAUCGAAUGCCUCCCUCGAUGCGCCAACGCCGGCCGGCCUAGAGGCCGAUCUGGCUCACUACAAGGAGCUCUUCGCCAAGUUACGAUUCUCCUACGUGGAGCAGGUCACGAAAGAAAAGUUCAUCCGCGCGAUUGUGGGCGAUCCGCCGUUGAUCGUGACGAUGCAGGAGAACCUGGAUCUCGAAAAGGAGAAUGCGGCUGCCAAGUCGGAACUCAAAGCGCUGAAGGUUGAGGUGGCAGACAUGGUAUUGGAGUUGGAAAGGAAGGGCAAGGAGCUGAGCGAGCGCUACGAGAGAGUGCAACUUGAAACCACCAAGCUACAAGAUCUGCCAUCAGAGAUUGACAAGUUGGAAGAACGGAUUGCACAGUUGAAGGAGUCACAAUCAAUGCCCGUGGGAUCAAACCCCAACCUCAACCUGCCCCUCGCGAAGACACUCGACCUCAUCACGAAGCGCAAGCUGGAGCAACAAGAACUCGCACGGGAACUGGAAUCCCUCCAAGCCAAGGCACCCCGAAAGCGCAAAGAGGCCGAUCGGCUCCAGGCUGAGCUGCAACCCCUCGAGACCAAGCGGCAGAUCAGCACAACGGCCGCAAAGGAAGCGAGGCGAAGGAAGGAGGCAGCGCUCGGCGGUGCAGCAGACGACUUGGAGGAACGGGCGAGGUGGUGGAGAGCCAGUGAGGGUGUGUUGACACAGGUGCUGGAUAUCAAGAACUAA